AUGUCGACUCCCCUGCCAAGCCCUGUUUAUUCAGCGCAGGGGCAGUAUGCACAGAAACUUCUAAAAGACUUGAUGGAGAAUUAUACCAGUGACUUACGACCAGUGGAAGACACAGACAGCGCUCUCAAUGUCACUUUACUUAUCACCCUCUCUCAGAUCAAGGACAUGGAUGAACGAAACCAGGUGCUGAUUGCCUACCUGUGGAUCCGACAGGUGUGGCAUGAUGCGUACUUAAAGUGGAACAAAGACGACUACGACGGACUAGACAUCAUCCAGAUCCCCAGCAGCCUGGUGUGGAGGCCUGACCUUGUCCUCUAUAAUAAGGCUGACGAUGACUUCUCUGGACCAAUGGACACCAAUGUUAAACUGAGAUACAAUGGUGAAAUCACAUGGGACGCUCCGGCCAUCACAAAGAGCUCCUGUGUGGUGGAUGUCUCCUAUUUUCCAUUUGACAGUCAGCAGUGUAACCUCACCUUUGGCUCCUGGACCUACAAUGGUAACCAGGUUGAUAUAACUAUGGGGAAUGACAGUGGGGACCUGUCAGACUUUGUGGAGAAUGUUGAAUGGAAGCUUUUGGGAAUGCCUGCCUCUAAGAACGUCAUAAUGUAUGGCUGCUGUCCUGACCCAUACCCGGACAUCACCUACACCGUCCGGCUGCAGCGCCGCUCCUCCUUCUACAUCUUCAACCUGCUCCUGCCCUGUUUCCUAAUCUCCUUCCUGGCUCCUCUGGGCUUUUAUCUGCCUGCAGACUCUGGGGAGAAAGUCUCUUUGGGCGUCACCGUUCUCCUGGCUCUCACUGUGUUCCAGCUUGUGGUGGCCGAGAGCAUGCCUCCGUCAGAGAGUGUGCCGCUAAUAGGAAAAUACUACAUUGCCACUAUGACCAUGAUCACAGCCUCCACAGCCCUGACCAUCUUCAUCAUGAACAUACAUUUCUGUGGAGCGGAGGCCAAGCCUGUACCUCACUGGGCCAAAGUUCUGAUCAUUGACUACAUGUCGAAAAUCUUCUUUGUUUAUGAGGUGGGCGAGAACUGUGCAUCACCCUCUUCAACAUCCCAGAGCUCUCAUUUGUCCCAAGAUGACGUAACUCACCUGAACCAUAGUUCCCAAACCCAGACCAAUGGGAAACCAGGGAACAGUAGUAAGCAGGAAGAACAGCGUGGCCGCAGAUACCCCCGGCCACAGACCCCCAAACCACAACACCAUCCCAGAAUAAAAACACAACACCACAUCACCAGAGACGAAAGGGACUUUGCACCAGGGAAACUUGACAAUCACAAUGACAAAAUCCUGAUGGAUGACUGCUGUAAAGAAGACCAAAAGUUCCCCUGCUACCUGGAGGAUGGAAAGCUACAUUUCUAUGACGGCGAGAAGAAACAUCCUUCAGUAACUUUUGGUCCAUGCGUCUUUUGCACUCAUGCCAGCGGAUUUGCUGGCUCAGACACCAAACUUGUGCGUAAUGUGGAGUAUAUUGCUAACUGCUACCGAGAGCAAAAGGCCACAUGCGCCAAAGUGGCUGAAUGGAAGAAGAUUGCUAAAGUCAUGGACCGCUUUUUCAUGUGGAUAUUUUUUGUCAUGGUUUUUGUCAUGAGUAUUAUUAUCAUGGGCAAGGCUCCCUGA